GGGAGGACCCCGUCACGGCCCCGGAAGCGCCUCGUCCCCGGCGGUGGUGGCGGCAGUCCCCGUGAUGCCUGCGGGACUGGGUGACUGACCGCCGGGACAGGAGCGGGCCCAGUGCCCAAAAUCUCGGGGGCCGCCACUCUAGCGCGGCCUGCGCCAUGGCCACCUCCGCUGCGUCCUCCGAGCAUUUCGAGAAACUUCACGAGAUCUUCCGCGGCCUCCAUGAAGACCUGAGGGGGGUGCCGGAGCGUCUCUUGGGGACAGCAGGGACAGAGGAGAAGAAAAAGCUGAUCAGAGAUUUUGAUGAAAAGCAACAGGAAGCAAAUGAAACGCUGGCAGAGAUGGAAGAGGAACUACGUUAUGCACCUCUGUCUUUCCGUAACCCUAUGAUGUCUAAGCUUCGAACCUACCGGAAAGACCUUGCUAAACUCCAUCGGGAAGUGAGAAGCACACCUUUGACAGCCACAGCUGGGGGCCGAGGAGACAUGAAAUAUGGCACAUACGCUAUAGAGAAUGAACAUAUGAAUCGGUUACAGUCUCAAAGGGCAUUGCUUCUGCAAGGCACUGAAAGCCUGAACCGGGCCACCCAGAGUAUUGAGCGUUCUCAUCGGAUUGCCACAGAGACUGACCAGAUUGGCUCAGAAAUCAUAGAAGAGCUGGGAGAGCAACGUGAUCAAUUGGAGCGUACCAAGAAUAGGCUGGUAAACACAAGUGAAAACUUGAGCAAAAGUCGAAAGAUUCUUCGUUCAAUGUCCAGAAAAGUGACAACCAACAAGCUGCUGCUUUCCAUCGUCAUCUUACUGGAGUUGGCCAUCCUAGGGGGCCUGGUUUAUUACAAAUUCUUUCACAAGCAUUGAACUUCCUAGAGGGAAGGGUUUGUGGACCAGAACUCUGACCCUGGUGUUAGGGACGGAGGAUAAGCAUAGUGCUGCUGUGAGGUAACGGUUCAAGGAUGCGCUGCGAAGCCGGACUCUGGGAGGAGGGAGGGAAGACGGAAAACUACUUAACUGUGAAGGAACAGCAACAAGACCAGUAUGAGAUACCAAGGUAAUAAAUGCUGUUUAUGACUUCUUUAAAUUUA